CUAAUAGAGAUCCUACUGGAGGUUUUCAAACCAAAAACAACAGUUUCGUCAAACGCCUCCUCGAUCUCAAGUUGAUUGAUAAAGACACCGCAAAAAAGCUAACCGUGUACAACGGUAUGUGUCCAAGGAUAUACGGACAGCCGAAAGCACAUAAAAACGACCUACCCUUACGACCAGUUGUUCCCAACAUAACCGCACCAACAUACCACCUAGCUAAGUACAUCAGCCAAAUUCUACAAAAAUCGAUAUACAGCCCAUACAGUUGCAAAAACUCGUUCGAUUUCUGUGAAGAAAUCAACGGUCUGACUCUCCCGGAGGGAUACAUUAUCAUAUCCUUGGACGUAGUAUCCCUGUUCACCAACGUCCCCCGAAAACUAGUUACGAGCAACAUAAUACAUCACUGGUCUGAAAUAGAAACAAACAUAAAUCUCGACAUGUUCUUAGAAAUCGUAAAAUUCCUAAUAGUGCAUACUUUCAAUUCAACAACAAAUUCUAUAUUCAAGAAUACGGCACAGCCAUGGGCAGCCCGAUUAGCCCGAUCCUAUCCGAAUUGGUCCUAGACACAGUAAUAGCGAAAGCAAUCAAUCAGCUCCCAUUCACGAUUCCGAUCAUCCGCAAGUAUGUAGACGAUCUCUUCCUAGCUAUCCCAGAAGCGAGUUGUGAUGUCGUCCUACAAAUCUUCAAUGCACAGGAAGAACGUUUACAAUUCACGCUAUAAAAAGAACAAGAAAACCGCCUCCCAUACCUGGACAUGGUCGUAGUGCGAGAUCCAAAACAAGUUCUUAAGACUGAAUGGUUCAUAAAACCCAUUGCAUCCGGCCGAAUGCUGAAUUGGCAUUCAUGUCAUCAGCUCAAACAUAAAUUAAACGUCGCUAACAACUUCAUUUAUCGAGUUGCACAACUAUCCAGAAACGAAGAACAUCAAAACAUAAUCGAGCUCAUCAAAAAACAUCUGAAGCAGAACAACUUUCCGAAGCAGCUGGUCAAUAGAUUGAUCAACACAAACCCAGCAAUCCGAUUACGAAAAUCCAAACAAAAACAAAUCCAGAAACCAACUAUCAGCCUAUUACAACAACCUAAUGAAAACCCCACCAACUCACACUCCAACCACGACCAACCAUACCCGAAUGAAGAACCACAACACAACACCUACCAGGUAAUGAAUCAACUCUCCAACUCAUAACCCGGACUCCAACCAACCGUCAACUAGCACGAAUCUUCAACAAACUCCACACUCCAAUCCAUCCGAACUCGCCCACAACUCAAAAGCCCAAAAUCCGGACCCCAACCAACCGUCAACCAGCACAAAUAUCCAACAAAUUUCACACUCCGAUCCAUCCGAACAAAUUCCAGCCAACAAUCACCAUCCUGAAAACAUCGAGAUAUCCAACGAUCCAGCAUGCCAACCAGAAGUAUCAUACCGAUCAGUACUAUAUGUACCGCUGCUCACCGAUCGACUGAUCCAAUGCUUAGCUGCCGACUAUCCCAGCGUCAGAGUAGCAAGCAGAAAAAACAUGACAGUGGGAGACUUGUUCAGCCGAGUGAAGGACCCAAAACGAAUCGAAAACUCUAUUCCUGUUCAUUUAUGUUGCACAAACACAACAUAAAAGCGUCUAUCGGACGGGGAGCUCGGUGAAUCGUUAUGCUCCAAAUGAACCGGUAUCCCGAAACCAUGUGAAGCAAAGUGAACUGAAGUUAUUUUGUUUUGCUUUUGGCUCCAAUCAAUCAUCCGUCUCAGUUCUCUCGUAACUUCCACGCCGGGCAGAGCGUGCGGAUCUUUAGCUAGGAAUGUUUACGAUCGGAAAAUGGCUUUCUGUGGCUCUAAUGACCGGGAUCAUUUUGUUCCGUGUUGAUCGAAUCCAGGGAUCUCGAAUUCUACUGGUAUCUUCGUUUCCCGGGCAAAGCCAUUGGCUUACCUUCGAGCAUAUUGUCAACGAGCUGCUCGAACGGGAUCAUGAAAUUACGGCGAUCACCAAUUAUCGAAUGAAGAAUUCCGACAAGUACAGCGAUCGCUAUCGAGAGAUUUUGAUCGAUCCCAUCUUCGACUUUGAGGAUGGUUUACCGAUGGAGUUUUACUAUCGAUCGAGCUCGUUUGCAAAUCCUUACUUCAAGCUGAAGGUUCUCUGGUGGCUAGGUCUUGAGACUACUCGACAUGCUCUGGAGUGUAAAAAUGUACAGAAAUUCAUCCAUGAUGAUCGUUCCCAGUACGAUUUGGUCAUUGCGGAGCAGUUUGUUCAGGAAAGUUUUCUGCUGCUCGCUCAUAAAUAUCAAGCCCCUGUGGUUACAAUAAACACACUUGGCUACACAGAUUACAUCGAUCGUGCAUUUGGAAUGAUCACUCCAAUAUCUUAUGUUCCACACUUCUUCACCGAGUUCACUGAUGAAAUGAACUUCUACGAAAGAUUUUACAAUUUGCUUCUAACAAUCUACGACUGGUGCUACAGAAGGUUCAUUUACCUCCCGGCGCAAAAUGCCAUGGCUAGGAAACACUUUUCAGAUUUUACCGGGGAAAACCAACUUCUGCCUACGGUUCAAGAGAUGGAAAACAACGUCAGCGUGAUCCUGGCCAACAAUCACAUUAUAUCCCACAGGCCUAGGCCGAAAAUGAUUGGAAUGGUUGACAUCGCAGGAGUUCACAUAAGACCAGCUAAAGUCCUGCCAGAUGCCCUAAAGACCUUUCUGGACAAAUCGCGCACCGUCUACAUCAACUUUGGAACAUUUCUACGCAGUUCAGCUAUGCCAGAAGAAACCCUUCAGGUAUUCGUUCAGGUAUUUCGUAAUCUUCCUCAAUACAACUUUCUGUGGAAAUGGGAAACUGAUCGGGCGCCAGAUUUGCCUCCAAACGUGAUGCUUCAGAAGUGGAUCCCUCAGAACGAUGUACUAGCGCACCCGAAUCUUAAGCUCUUUGUGACACACGGUGGCAUUUACGGCGCCCAGGAAGCUAUCUACUGGGCCAAACCGAUGCUGUUCGUUCCCUUCUACGGCGAUCAGCACAGCAAUGCCCGUAAAUUUCAGAAAUCCGGACUCGGACUGACAAUCAAUAUUGCCAAUAUUACGGUUGAAGAAUUCCAACAAAAAAUCUUGCACAUUGUGGAAACACCAAGCUUUCAGGAUAAUUCUAACAACAUGGCCAAGCUAUUUCGUGAUAACCCAACGGAUCCACUGCAGGAAUCCGUCUACUGGAUCGAAUACGUCAUUAGACAUCGAGGAGCGGCCCAUCUGAAAUCGGCUGCUGUGAAGUUACCGUGGUAUAAGUAUAUGUUGUUGGAUGUUGCAGCGUCCAUUAUUUUCGUGAUUUAUGUUUUAAUCAAACUGGCCAAACAUGGCUAUUAUCGGUGGUGCAGACGUAACGUGAUUGACUCCAGCAAAAAGUCAAACUAGUUUUUGAAGCUUACUUUGUGAAUGGUUUUUAAACGUUUCUAUUCUUAAGUAAAACACGGAAUAAUAUUUAAUUAGCGGAUGCACGUGAUUCUAAUUACACUCAAUAGCACUUCAUUUG